AGCGCGCGGCCAGCUGUGAGGGGAGCAGAGCAAACAGCCAGGAGAGUACUAAAGGGACAAAGACCCGCUGGUCCACAUCCCAUCCUCUCCAACAGGUCGCAAAACUCAGAAAGUCCGCGUAUUGGAAAGGCUGUGCUGCUCGUUCUCCGUCUGUCAAAAUCACUGUCUUCUCCCCCCCUGCAUCAUGUCUCGCCCAGUUGCCAUCUACUGUCUCUUGUCUGCGUUGCUGUACAUGUGGACGCUGUGCAACGCCCAGUCAGACUCUGGCAGCCCUGCAAUCCAGCUACGUCUAGCCGGGGAGAAGAGGAAACACUACGAGGGCCGGGUGGAGGUUUUCUACAAUGGAGAGUGGGGGACAGUGUGCGAUGAUGACUUCUCCAUCUACGCUGCCCGAGUGGUGUGCAAAGAGCUCGGCUUUGUGGAUGCCGAGUCCUGGUUGCCUUCAGCCAAAUACGGAAAAGGAGAAGGCCGUAUCUGGCUAGACAAUGUGCACUGCACUGGUGGAGAGAAGAGCCUGGCUCACUGUCAGUCCAAUGGCUUUGGAGUGUCUGACUGCAAACAUUCAGAAGAUGUCGGAGUGGUGUGCACCCAGAAGCGCAUUCCAGGCUUCAAGUUCAUCCGGAACCAGGCCAACAGCGAGGAGGGUUUGACUGUGCAGGUGGAGGAUGUGAGGAUCAGGGCCACUUACUCUCACAGGAAAAGGAUUCCCAUCACUGAUGGCUUUUUGGAGGUGAAAGACGGAGGCAAGUGGAGACAAAUCUGCAAUGAGGAGUGGACAGAGAUGAACAGCAGGGUCAUCUGUGGCAUGUACGGGUUCCCCGGGGAGAAACGCGUAAAUACCCGACCCUACAAACUGCUGGCCAAACGCCGUAAGAAGAACUACUGGGGUUUCUCCGUCAACUGCACCGGCAACGAGGCCGACCUGUCUGAUUGUAAGAUGGGCCGAGAGAUAGAGCUGAAGGGCAACCACACCUGUGAGAAGGGCAUGCCUGUUGUGGUCAGCUGUGUGCCUGGACGUGCCUUUGCCCCCAGCGUCAGCGCCGGCUUCAGGAAGGCCUACAGGGUGGAGCAACCCUUGGUGCGUCUAAGAGGCGGAGCUAUGAUUGGUGAGGGGCGAGUGGAGGUGUUGAAGAACGGGGAGUGGGGGACAGUGUGUGACGACAACUGGAACAUUCGAGCUGCCACUGUGGUCUGUCGAGAACUUGGGUUCGGAAGCGCCAAAGAGGCCUUAACUGGCGCCCGACUGGGACAAGGGAUGGGGCCAGUCCACAUGAAUGAGGUGGAGUGCUCUGGGUUUGAAAAGUCACUGACUGAGUGCUACUUCAACCGUGACGCUCUGGGCUGCAGCCACGAGGAGGACGCAGCAGUCAGGUGUAAUGUUCCUGCCAUGGGCUUCAACAAGAGACUUCGGUUAAGUGGCGGCCGUAAUCCCUAUGAGGGUCGUGUGGAGGUGCUGGCAGAGAGGAACGGCUCUCUGGUGUGGGGCACAGUGUGCAGUGACAGCUGGGGGACCAUGGAGGCCAUGGUAGUGUGCAGACAGCUUGGCCUGGGCUUUGCCAGCCAUGCUUUCCAGGAAACAUACUACUGGCAAGGAGAUGCCUCAGCUGAUGCAGUCAUGAUGAGUGGAGUCAGAUGUUCAGGGACUGAGCUCACUCUGGAUCAGUGUCUACAUCACGGGAAACACAUUGAGUGUCCCAAAGGAGGUGGACGCUUCGCUGCUGGGGUCUCUUGUACUCAGACGGCCCCAGACCUGGUCCUCAAUGCCCCAGUUGUGGAACAGACCACCUACCUGGAGGACAGACCCAUGUACGCGCUGCAGUGUGCCCAUGAGGAGCACUGUCUGUCCAGAACUGCUGACAAAGCUGACCCCACCUCCUACCGCCGCCUUCUCCGCUUCUCCUCCCAGAUACAUAACAACGGCCACUCAGACUUCAGGCCACGUGCCGCACACCACUCCUGGAUCUGGCAUGAGUGUCACAGACAUUACCACAGUAUGGAGGUUUUCACCCACUAUGACCUGCUGAGUCUAAACGGCACUAAAGUGGCAGAGGGACACAAAGCCAGCUUCUGUCUGGAGGACACUCACUGUGACGAGGGUAUCCAGAAGAGGUAUGAAUGUGCAAACUUCGGGGCACAGGGCAUCACAGUUGGCUGCUCAGAUACCUACAGGCACGACAUUGACUGUCAGUGGAUCGACAUCACAGACCUGAAGCCCGGCGACUACAUUUUCCAGGUUGUAAUAAACCCCAACUAUGAGGUUGCAGAAUCAGAUUACAGCAACAACAUUAUGAAGUGCCGCUCCCGGUACGAUGGACAACGGAUAUGGACAUACAACUGUCAUAUAGGUGGCUCACUGAGUUCAGAAACAGAGGAAACUUCCCCGGGAUUGCUGACCAACCAGCUUUCAUACAGGUAGACCAAAGACGGACAACGCAGAUGGAUGGACAUUAGGGAAUUGUAUAUUAAUAUUCGACAACCACUAGAGGGGGCUGUACUGUUGUGCCUCCUUGGAGCAGUGCUGGAUUGUUGUUGGGAUCAGGGUUGAUACAAUGGACAAUAAUUCUAUGGGGAAAAUGAACUGCUUGCUUACUAAACCUAUUAACCACAUUCAGCUGUUCAAACGUGUUCUUAUCUCUUAGUGUCUUAUUGCCUUUAUUGAUGAAAUGAAGGUUUUGACCUGGUGCUUAUUGGGAGAGAUGUCAGGGAGGGCUGCAGCCAAAUAACUUAUUAGAUUAACUGUGCCAACAGUUGUCGUCUUUACCAAAGAGUCAAGAGUUUGCAUGGGCUGGAUGAAAAUUGUUUACUUUAACUAGAAACUAAAAA